AUGGCGGACGAAUAUGGCGUGUUGCCACAAAUUUCAGCAGUUUUGGGGUCAAUUUCGUUCUUGACUUCUUUUAUCGCGCAAAUUCCGCAAGUUUUGGAAACGUACAGAGAUAAAACAGUGGAAGGGCUUUCCCCCAUUUUCUUGCUUGCAUGGCUGUUUGGAGACAUUACAACUUUGAUUGGAGCGCUUCUGACGCACCAGUUAGCUUUCCAGAUUAUUUUAGCCGUAUAUUUUCUCGUCAAUGACCUUUUCAUAUGCGCGCAAUACUACUAUUACGGGAUUAUACACGAAAACAAACUAGCCACACCAGGCCAUGAAUCCAAACCGACAGAACAUUCGCUAGCCCAGGUCCGCAGUCGGAACUCCAUGAGCAGUGAGACACGUUCUGGACACUCGGGGCGCUCUGUGCCUCAUGGAAACUGGCUAUCGGCGCUAUUCAUGUUUUUCUCACGGGCUCGGGCGGCCCCGCUGGUUCGGGACGCGUCCGCCAGUAUCCUGGAGCUGCGUGUCCAGGCGUCCGCUGUGCCAACUACUGCCACCUCUAUAGGAACCGCCUUGUCGUGGGCAGGCGCCAUGUGCUACGUUUGUGCCCGGGUCCCGCAAUUGAUCAAAAACUACCAUCGUAAGUCUACAGACGGACUGUCGCCGUUCCUGUUUGUCAACACCCUUAUUGCCAACAUCACUUACGCGAGCAGCAUCUACACAAGUUGUGAAUUCCUUUCGGACCCGGACAAAUGGCAAUUCACCCUGAACGAACUACCUUUUCUCAUCGGUAGUGUGGGCACCAUUGCGUUCGACCUGAUUUAUUUUUACCAGCACUUUGUGCUCUACGCCGACGACAUGCGCGCUCGGGCACUCGACUCACAUCCGGAAUCCCAGCCCCUACUGGACUAG